UGCCCCGGAUCGGCCCCGGAGCUGUGGUCCCCGCCCGGCUGCGCCAGAGCCCGCGCGAUGGAGUCCCGGCCGCGGCGGCGGCGCAGGAGCCGCCCCCUGGUCGCCGCCUUCCUGCGAGACCCGGGCUCGGGCCGCGUGUACAGGCGCGGGAAGCUGAUCGGCAAGGGUGCCUUCAGCCGCUGCUACAAGCUGACGGACAUGUCCACCAGCGCUGUGUUUGCCCUCAAGGUGGUGCCGCUUGGCGGGGCCGGGGCCGGAUGGCUUCGCACACAGGGAAAGGUGGAGCGUGAGAUUGCCCUGCACAGCCGCCUGCAACAUCGCAACAUCGUGGCCUUCCACGGACACUUUGCUGACUGCGACCACGUGUACAUGGUGCUGGAGUACUGCAGCCGCCAGUCUUUGGCCCAUGUGCUGAGGGCGCGGCAGACCCUGACGGAGCCGGAGGUGCGCUACUACCUGCGGGGCCUGGUCAGUGGCCUGCACUACCUGCACCAGCGGCACAUCGUGCACCGAGACCUGAAGCUCAGUAACUUCUUCCUUAACAAGAACAUGGAGGUGAAGAUUGGAGACCUGGGGCUGGCGGCCAAGGUGGGGCCAGGGGGCCGCUGCCACGGAGUGCUCUGUGGGACCCCUAACUUCCUGGCCCCCGAGGUUGUCUCCAGAAACGGGCACUCCUGCCAGUCAGACAUCUGGGCUCUGGGCUGCAUCAUGUACACGGUGCUGACCGGCGCCCCGCCCUUCAUGGCGUCACCCCUGUCGGAGAUGUACCAAAACAUCCGUGAGGGUCACUACCCCGAACCCGCUCAUCUGUCCUCCAAUGCACGCCGCCUCAUCACACGCCUCCUGGCACCCGACCCGGCCGAGCGGCCCAGCCUGGAUCUCCUGCUACAGGACGACUUCUUCACGCAGGGUUUCACUCCAGACCGGCUGCCGGCCCACUCCUGCCACAGCCCCCCCAUAUUUGCCGUACCCCCGCCUCUGGGCAGGAUCUUCCGGAAGGUGCGCCAGCUGCUGCUCACCCAGUGCCGGCCACCCUGCCCCUUCACACCUAAAGAGGCCUCAGGUCCAGGAAAAGAUGGGCCAGAUCCUGACCCCAUGAAGUGGGGCGGUGAGAGCUCCCUGUCUGCGAAAGCGGUUCCCUGCCUGGAAGCUCCUGUCCACCUGGUCGCACAUGGGACCCUGCAGAGUGACCUGGCCGGGCCCGAGGGGAGCUGGCGGCCGGAGGUGGAGGCAGCCCUCAGACACCUGCAGCUGUGCCUGGACAUGGGUCUCCCGGGUAGGAGCCAGCCCAACCCCCAGGAUCACCCUUUCUCUUAG